AUGGAGAACGACAAAGAGGCCAUCUCAGAUAAGCCGAUGACUAGUGAGGAUCUAGAGCAUGCAAACACUCAUGGCACGUAUCUCGACAAUGACGAAGUAUCUCACCUUUCCGAGGAGCAUCGACAGUAUCUGUUGGAAAGACAUGGCACGCUUGAGCUUGACCCCAUACCCACCAUGGGCACGGCCGAUCCAUACAACUGGCCUCAGUGGAAGAAAGUGAUGAACCUCCUCUUUGUCGCCUUCCACGCCAUGAUGUGCGCGUUUCCCGCUGCUGCAAUCAUUCCAGCCUAUGAGAACAUAUCCGAAGACCUGGGUGUCAGCCUCCAAAGAGCAUCGUAUCUUACGUCUCUACAAAUCGCUAUCCUCGGGGGUGCUCCACUGUUCUGGCGGCCGCUCUCCACACGAUACGGACGUCGACCCAUCUUCAUCAUAUCUUUGAUUGGCAGUCUAGUCUUCAACGUCGGCUGCGCGAAGAGUCAAACAUACGCUGCCAUGGCUGCUUGCCGAGCUCUCCAAAGCUUCUUCAUCUCACCCCCGAACGCAAUUGGCAGUGCCGUUGUGGUCGAAACUUUCUUCAAAAGGGAGAGAGCGAAGUUUAUGGGUAUCUGGACGGUGAUGAUCACCCUGGGUAUACCUCUGGCGCCCCUAAUUUUCGGCUUUGUGACCUACAACGUCGGCUAUCGCUGGAUAUAUUGGAUCCUCGCAAUCGUCAACGGCGUUCAACUCAUCCUGUACACGCUCUUUGGACCCGAAACGCGCUUCAUCCGACAUAACAACGCGCAACACGCGCAGUUCGGGUUUGCGGCCUACAAGGAGAUGUAUCUAAAGUUUCGCCGCAUCGAUCCUACACCCAUUACUGCCUCGGAGUUCAUAUCACCACUUCGACUAUUCAAGUACCCAUGCGUGGUCAUCCCUGCAUGCGCGUAUGCAAUGGUCUUUCUCUUCGCUUCGGUCCUCGCGACCGUUGAGAUUCCGCAACUCUUCGGCGAGAAGUUCCACUUCAACGCACAGCAGAUCGGCUUACAGUUCGUGGGUGUUAUUAUUGGUACAAUCAUCGGCGAGCAGAUUGGUGGACACUCGAGUGAUCUCUGGAUGCGAUGGCGCGCAAAGAAAAUGACUCCUCUCCGCCCUGCUCCAGAGUUCCGUCUCUGGCUGAGCUACUUCGGCAUACUUCUCACCAUCUGUGGCGUGGUUGUCUUUCUCGUUCGCAUCGAGCAAGCCCCCGAUCUGCACUGGAAUGUGACGCCAAUCGUCGGUGCAGGCAUAGGUGCAGCAGGCAACCAAAUCGUCACUACUGUCCUGAUCACCUAUGCGGUCGAUUGCUACCCUGAAGAAGCUGGUAGUAUUGGCGUGUUUGUUACUUUUGUAAGGCAGAUUUGGGGAUUCCUCGGUCCAUUCUGGUUUCCUCCCAUGUUUGAGAACGUGGGUAUUGCGAACAGUGCUGGCAUUGUUGCGGCGUUGCUGGUAGGCGUUAGCUUGAUCCCUGUCAUGUUCACUCAUUGGAAGGGCCAUACGAUGAGAGGUCACAUGUCGGAGAGGAUGUAA